AUGGGCGACUCGGUUGAGUUGUAUUUCGACCAAGUUGUCCAUUACUUUGAGGCGAAGAACAUUGAUUGGCAAGAUGAGAAUCUGAGUAAGCGCAGUAUUGCCAUGAUGACCGCCAAUUUCAGGGGAAAUGCUGCUGCAUGGUACAUGCUUUGCAGGGAUUCCAUCAGUGACGCCCAAGACUUGAUCCAGAAGCUCACGAAGGAAUUCGUUCCUCCGGACCUUCAGGAGCGCCUUCGAGAUCGAUUGUACAGUCUCAAGCAAAAAUGUUGUUCUAGCUUAGAGGACUACAUCUCUCGAUUCCGCGUUGCUAUCAUGCAAGUCAAGGACAUGAGUGAGCUUGACAAGGUCACGUACUUCAUUCGAGGUCUUGUUAGCCCCACGAAAGAAGAAGUUCAGUAUCGUCGUUGCACGACGGUAUCUGAGGCUCUCUCAGUUGCACUCGAGUAUGACAGAUCGCACUUUCGUGCUGGUCCGUUUUACAAGAAUCGUUGGACACAUCCAAGGACUUUUGGACGUGCCAACUCCUCACCAUUCACUCGUGCCAAC